AUGUCUGUUCCGAGCCAAGAUUUGGUAUUUUUUAAGAACCACACAUUGAUAUCAGACACGAUACUAUCAUCUAAAAAGUCGUAUCUAUCCACCAUCACACAUACACAAGGUACCAAUCCCAGCUGGUUGAUUAAUUCACUUAUUGAAAAUGCGAUUUUUGGAACGGCAUCUUUGGUCAAUCAAGAAUUGAAGAAACGAGCAAAAUUGGGUAAAGUUGUGUUGUUCAGCUUUUUUCACCCAGAAAGCCAUUACACCAAGGGCAUCCGUAAAAAUGGUGUCACAUUAACCGAGUCUUAUUUCAAGUUUGUUGAUUGCUUUUCACACCUCUUUACAGAGAGGAUAAAAGACACUGAAAAUGCAUCAAAUGAUGUACAUGAGCUAUUCAAUGUUGAGAUAGAUGAAGGGUCGGUGGUCAUUGUUGAAGCGCCUGAGGUCCUACUUUUCUCAACAAACAUUUCCAGUAAUGAAUUAUUGUUCACAUUGCUCAAAUUAAACAAAAAAGCCAGUCAGUUAUUUGUAAUAGUUUCCAAAGACCAGCAACUUGUUGACUACAGCGCUAAUGACGUGUACAACCCGGCUUUCAAGCUUACCGACUUCAUCACAAAGUUGCUCUUUAGAUCUCAUUUGAACAUCACCCUAGAGCCAUUGGCGACAGGAAGGGCCAAAGAUAUUACCGGGAGUAUAUUAGUCUCCAAAGGAGCUUUACCUUAUGAUGAUCUAAUAGUAGAAGAAAAGAGCUAUGUCUACCAUAUCACAAAAGAUGCCAAUGUCAAGAUUUUCUACCGCUAG